GGAGGUCUUCGAAGUAUUCUUUCCACGCCUACACCCAUGGGUGUAGGCCCGGCCACCAGAUGCUCGCCAUCAGGCCCCUCCUCCGGGCCUGGUGCUGACCUGCGUCCAGGAAAGGGAAAACUUGGUCCAAUGUGAAACCCCCAGCAGUGACAUCGAGCACUUGUGCCUUUAGUGCCUCCGCCUCCAGCUCCGAGUCAACAUGACGUUUGUCAGCGAUGUUCAGAGGUUUCUGCCACUUUUCCUCAUAUGGUCAAUUAUUUACAAGCCUUGUUUAUGCCAAAAUGGGACGGAGGACGUGACAGACUACACGGAUUCCACCUUCGAUUACAGCGGCAUUCCCGAGUUUUGUGACAAAGUCAGCAACCACCAGUUCCGCCUGUGGUUCAUGCCUCCUUUCUUCUCCGUCACCAGCUUCACAGGCCUGGUGGGGAACCUGCUGGUCAUCUUCACCUUCAUCUACUUUAACCGCCUAAAGACCAUGACAGACGUGUACCUGCUCAACUUGGCCUUUGCAGAUUUGCUUUUUGCGCUGUCGCUCCCUCUUUGGGCGGUCGGCUCCAUGGCCGAGUGGACGCUGGAGCUCGCCGUGUGCAAGAUCAUGCACACCGUUUACAAGGUCACCACCUACAGCAGCAUGUUCCUCCUGUGUUUUAUCAGCAUGGACCGGUACUUUGCCAUCGCCAAGGCGGUUUCCGCACACCGCCUCCGCUCCCAAGCUGUGCUCUUCAGCAAGGUGUCAUCCGCCGCCGUCUGGAUCCUUUCUCUGAUCGUCUCCACGCCAGAAAUGAAAUACGCCAAAGUCAUCAACAACAGCUGUACCACUUUCUCCAGUAACGCAGAUCCGCUUCGCUUCAGCAUCCAGACGAGCCAGAUCGUUCUGGCGUUCGUGCUGCCGCUGCUGGUGAUGAGCUUCUGUUACAGUAGGAUAGUCCACACCCUGUGCCAGACUCAAAACUUUGAGCGCAACAAGGCCGUCAAAGUGAUUCUCGUUGUUGUCGUUGUCUUCGUGGUCUGCCAGGCGCCUUACAACGUGGUCUUGUUUUGGACCACAGUCGUCGUAGCAAAAGGAGGAACUGAAGACUGCUCGUAUGAGAACAACCUCCUCUACGCCACGGACGCCACUCAGUGCGUGGCCUUCCUCCGCUGCUCCCUCAACCCUUUUGUCUACGCCUUUAUUGGUGUUAAAUUUCGCCAUGACCUCCUGAGGCUGAUGAAGAAAUUGGGUUGCUUGAGCCAGGAGAGGUUCUUAAAGUACACGGACAACGGGAGGGGGAGCUGUGCUGCCUUAGACACCGACACCACCGCCACCUUCUGACCCGAAAACUGCCCAGCUUCCACCUGCAAAGCACACAUCAGCGUUUAAGUCUCAAAUGACACAGACGGGUAGUCCUCAGAAGCCGGUAGAACCACAUCUGCAAAAAGCAGAGACCCAAACUAAGUUUUUAUGUAAUUACAGGAGCGUGUUCUUCGCCACGAAACCCCCCGAGGACCACCUGUACUGUGUAUAACAGCAGUAUGAUUACAGUAUUUGAGCUUUUUUUCUAUCUCCGACCACCUCGCGCUUCGGAUUUUGCGGCUUUGCUCUGUCACGGUUUUCCAAAAUAUAAUACCAUCAUUUCCUUCUUUCCCUGCGGCUUAUACCUGUGACAUCUUGCGGCGUCUCGUAUGCUUCGUCACAGUCGUUUUACACUUCAUGCACACACCUAGGCAGUAAGGUCCUCGCCCUGGGACCAGAAAAAGCGCCCCGCCCACCGGGUCGUCGCUCAGCCUACCCCCCCACGCCCCACCCUUGGGUAAGGGUAGGAAGGAAGGGGGUGGGUUUAAAACUUCUUGAAGAGAACAUAACAUAAAGAAAUGCAUGAUGCAGGGUUCGAGUUAAAGGCGAUCCUUCUAGCAACGUUUGCUCAAGUCUGCCAGCGGAUCUCGACAGCGUGGAGCAGUGCCUCAAACAUCACCAAGAGGGUUGGAAAGGCUGGAGUGCUGCGUGACGAAGAAGACAGCACAAGCUCAAUGGCUACUUUGCCCGGAGGCGAACGUGGCACCGAGAGUGACAACGAAAGAGAAAGAGAGAGACUGACAAAGUGUGUGACGAAGGAAUUAUGAGGCUGUUCAGUUCCGACGCUGAAGAAGACGCAGGAAGGAAGGUGACAGCGAGGAAUGACUUUUCUGCUAGGCUACAGUUUAACUAGCCGUGUUACACGCACUGUUCGGCAUUGUUACCAAAAAGCAUUUAUUGAAUUAAAACUUUAAAAAACCUUUCUGUGUAACGUCUUCCUGUGUACUAAAAACUGUAUCCCACGUUACGUUGUGGACACGUGUGGCCUAUCCUGUAUAUCUUUUUUUCUCUUUAAAUUGAGCUUAUAUUCAAGUGUGCUCAAUCGUUUGCAAAUUACGGUCAUGAAUAAAUCAUGCGGUUUUGAUGUUGAAAUGGCCAAUUAUUAGUCAAAACCUCUGCAUUGUAAGCAAACGUUAAGUAUUUUAUGCCUAAAUUAAGCUUUUUAUAGCAUAAAAAUUGCUAAGUGAAGUAAAAUACAAAUAUAAGGCAUUCAGAAGACGCAUUCAAAGAUGUUGUGAUGAUAUGAAAUAUUCUGCACUGGUCACUAGGUGUCAGUAAUGUUCGCUGGGACACACAAGCGCCAAACUUGAUCGCCGAAGCAACAGGCUUUUAUUGCAGGUGUGAAUAACCUUUGUGGCCGUAACCCACACCAAGCUGAAACUCAACAUUGAACCCCCAACGUCACUUCCUGUCCGCCCCCCACACAACUACCUUAGCAGCGGAACACAUUUACAGCAACACACACAAGCACACAUCUUAUUUAUGUCUUAUUUUCUCUUAUUCUGUCUGCUAUAUUGGGUAAUAGGAGUGUGGAGGUGACUAUAGGGGUGUUAUUUCAUUUCGAGAGGGCUCUAAUCAUGUUAAAAAUCGUAUUUAGAAGGUUGUAAACAGCUUUUCUAUGCUCUAACACCGGAAAUAUUCCAUCUACAAAUAAGGAAUGCUACUGCUGUAAACGAGGGAUUACUGUGACGUAUACUUUUAUCUUUCUGAGCAUGUUUAAAAAUACUACAUGUACAUACAUACAGUAUGUUGUAACUCACCUAUAGUACAUCAAACCUGACAAACAGUUCCAUCUGUUUAUUCAGUAUUGUGAUGAAUAUCUAUUCUUCAUCUUGAUUUCGUUUUC